AUGUCUGGCACGGCUGCGGGCAGCUCGUCGGCGCGCGCCUCGCCUGCGCCGCCGCCGCCGCCCGCCGCCGCCAAUGGCGCCUCGCACGCGCCCUCGCCGCACGCGCCCGCCGCCGAGGGCGCCGCCGACCUCGCCUCCAUCCAGGCGUACCUGCAGGCACGCGGCUACAACCGCGCCCUCACCGCGCUCAAUGCCGAGCUCGCCGCGCUGCCGGCCGGUGCGCCCCCUGCUGCCGCUCUUGCCGGUGCUGCACCGCUCAGCGCCGCCGAGCUGGCGGCCAAGAAUGCGCCGCGCGACGCCCGCGCCGCACCCGCCGCCGCCGAGGCGCCGCGCAAGAAGGGCGACAAUGCCGGCGACAAGGAGCGCGCCGCCGCGCGCGAGCUGGCGCGCGACUGCGACGACCGCGAGCGCGGCUUCCAGGCGCUGCGCGCGUGGUGCCAGGGCAGCCUCGAGAGCUACCUGCCGGAGCUGCAGCCGCUGCUGCUCCCGCUCUUCGUCCACUCCUUUCUUGAUCUCGUCGAGGCCGGCAGCGGUAGUGCAGCGGCCGCGCUGUACUCGCGCCAUUCGGCCCUCUUUCUGCCGCUGCAGCUGCCGCUCCUGUCGCACCUGCGCGCGCUCAGCCUGCCGUCGCACGUCGCCGGCGACGCGCUGGCGCAGCGCUUCCGCAGCGAGCGCUACGUGCUCAAGAUGUCGGCCGUCGUCUUUGGCCUCCUGCUUGGCUGGCUCACCGACGGCGGCGGGCCCGUGGCGGGCGCGGGUGCGGCCGAGGGCCUGGGCAAGGGCACGCGCGAGAUGCGCGGCCGCACAGAGAUGCUGCGCAUCAUCAACGAGCGCUGCCGGCUGCAGGUCAUCCAGAAGCCGCCGCAUGCGCUCACCUCUACGCUUCUCGAGGAGGGCACUGGACUGACAGGCGCCGGCCCGUCGUUCUCGUCCUUCGACAGCACGCCGCGCUCUCUGCUCUCGUCGCACAUGUCGGCUCCGGCGCUGACGGAGCGCGAUGCCGUCGCCGAGUACAACUCCAACGCCGCCGGGCCGCAUCUGAAGCUCGGCGGGCAGGUGCCGCUGAGCGAGCGCUUGAAGAAGGAGGUCGAGCGGGAGAUCAAGGAGGAGGACAUGCGUGAGGAGGCGGCGCGGCAAAAGAAGGAGCAGGAGGACAAGGGCGGCGAGGCGGCGCCGCCUGCGGACGCCGACGCCAUGAAGGUGGAUGCGCCGUCGGCAGGCGCGGACGGCACGGCGACCGGAGCUGCGGCGGCCGCUUCGCCGAACACGGCCGGCGACAAGGCCGGCACGCCUUCACGCGAGAGUGCACGGCCUUCUCCCGGGCCAGGGCGCGCAUCCACCGUCGCACCGACGACGGCACCGGCCACGACCACCACCGUCUCGUCCGGCCUGCUGCAGCCCGAGUUCACCGACCUGCCGCCGCAGCCGCCGCUCUUCCGCAGCGUCGACGUGGACCGCGAGGUCAGCCGCAUCCGUGACGCGCGGAAAGCCCUGCGAUUGGGCGAGGCUGCUGCGGUCACACCCGCUGGUGACGACGUGCGCACCGCGGCGCUGCCGAGCGUCUGCAGCUUCACAUAUCACGAUGCAGAGGACGGCCUGACCUGCUCUACAUUCUCCGCCGACGCGAGCCUGAUGGCUGCGGGCUUCGAAGAGAGCUACGUGCAAGUAUGGUCUCUGAAGGGCGAGCCAUUGCGAGGCCUCAAGGAGAACUUCGAGCAGAGUAACAUCCGCGACGCGCGCUCAUUGCGCAAGAACCGCGAGAGCACCACGCAGACCACGCGCAAGCUCAUCGGCCACAGCGCCCCCGUGUACGGCGUGUCCUUCGACCCCAUCGCCGGCACCGCCGCGCCGCCACGGCAUCUGCUGAGCUGCAGCGGCGACGGCAGCGCGCGGCUGUGGUCGCUCGACACCUUCUCAGCGCUGGUGGCCUACCGCGGGCACCAAGGGCCGGUGUGGAACGUCGAGUGGAGCCCGCUAGGGACCUACUUCGCGACUGCCAGCGCAGACCGCACGGCGCGGCUGUGGAGCACGGAGCGCAUCACGCCGCUGCGCAUGUAUGCCGGGCACCUGAGCGACGUCGAGUGCCUCAACUUCCACCCCAACUCGCUCUACCUCGCGACGGGCUCGUCCGACCGCACCUGCCGCCUGUGGGACGUGCAGCGCGGCGCGUGCGUGCGGCUCUUCGUCGGGCACCAGUCGCCGAUCUCGUGCGUGCGCAUCUCGCCCGACGGGCGGUAUCUGGCCUCGGCGGGCGCGGGCAAUGCGCCCUUCCGCCUCGGCGCCACGGCCGCCGGCGACGACGCAGCCAUCAGCCUCUGGGACCUCUCGAGCGGGCGGCGCGUCAAGAAGAUGUGGGGCCACCGCGCGCGCGUGCUCGACCUCGACUUCAGCACCGACGGCGGCAUGCUCAUGUCGUCGGGGUCGGACUGCACCGUGCGCUGCUGGGACGUGCGCAGCGCCGGCGGCGAGCGCACCGACGUGGCCGUGCCCGGCAGCCUCGAGGCGCAGCAGGCCGCCGUGGCCGGCAUCGAUGCGGCCGACCGGAGCGCCGCAUUGGCCAUGCCUGCCGCCGUCGGCGCACAGCUCACCUCCGACGAGCGCGACUCGAGCCGCGACUGUCUCGCGACCUUCUAUACCAAGCGGACGCCCAUGCUCGACGUGCAUGUCACGCCGCGCAACCUGGUGCUCACCGCGGGCGCGUACGAUGCCAGCAUAUGACGAAUGCAUGCCCUCUCGCAGCAGCUCCUCCGGCGCGGUGUCUGACGUGCCUGCAUUGCAUCGGUGUUCGUGAAGAGACGUUCGUGG